AUGGAAAAGCGUAGUAUUAGAUGUCGUCUCUACGUCCACAAAGGCCAGAUGAAAAGCAAGGAGAAGCAAGGAGGUCGCCAACUGUCGGAGAGCCCAAACGUGCCAAAUCAACGCAAGCAGAGCAAUAUGACAACUUCAUCGACUGUCAAUAAAGCCAGCCUCAUAGAAACGCAACUUUCGGAGGACGAUCAAUUGCUAAGAAGGACAAUCUCAACUUGCGCAGGGGUGCAAAAAAGUAGUGAAUCGUUUCGUUCCGAUAUGCGAAAGCUUGCAUUGGAGAAAAGCGAGGAGCUCUUCAUUCUAGGAGAAACAAAGACACUGCUUGACGACACAAAACGUAUAAUCGCACAAAAUGAGACGGAGCCUGAAACACCCGAGGAACUUACCAAACUUGCUAAGAUGAUUGAAAUAGGCAAUAAAAUGGCUGAUAUUUAUGAGAAAGCCGUGUUGUCGUUGAAUAUCAUUGGACUCAGGGCU